AUGGAGGCCCCACUGUCGACACAGGAGCAGCAGCUCCGCCAGAUGUUGGCGGACCUGCCAGCCAGAUUCAAUUACCGCUACACGGAAGAAGCCUCGAGCGAGCUCCUCAGAAGCUUGUUUUGGUCCCUGGCCGGCGGCAAGGAUGAAUACAUGCGGCUUCUCUUCCCCACGGGCAAGCUUUCCGACACCCUGAGGCUGAGCGACGCGCAGGGUGCUGUCGAGGGCGCCGAGUACUCAGAGGCGGCUCGCGGCAAGCGGUGUGGCCACAUCUUCAAGCCCGGCGAGGCUUCCUACAUGUGCAGGACCUGUGGCACCGAUGAGACUUGCUGCCUAUGCAGUAGGUGCUUCGACUCGACCGACCACACCGGCCACAUGGUUCGCAUUCAAAUAUCGGUCGGCAAUAGUGGUUGCUGCGACUGCGGCGACGAUGAAGCCUGGAGGACGCCUUUGCUCUGCACUAUCCACUCCAACAUGCACAAGGGUGCCAACAAGGGCAAGGGCAAGGAGACGGCCGGCUUGCCCGACGAUCUCGUGGCUAAUCUGCAAAUGACCAUCGGGAGAGUCUUCGACUACAUUUGCGACGUCAUUUCCUGCUCGCCCGAACAGCUCCGGCAGGCAAAGUCAAAGGCCUCGAUUCUCAAAGACGAAGAGGCUUCCCGGCUGUCGUCCAAGUACUAUGGCUAUGAAGCCGAGCCGUGCGGCGACUUUGCCCUGAUCCUUUGGAACGACGAGAAACACACCGUCCAAGAAGUCCAGGAUCAGGUCGCGCGAGCCUGCCGAAAAUCCCUUCGCCACGCCGCCCGCGACGCCUGGGAGACCGACGCCAUUGGGCGCAGCAUUCUCACCUACCUUCCCGACAUCGACAAGCUGCUUCACAUGGCCAAGAUCAUGGAGGCCAUACGAGUCACCGUCACCAUCCGGGCGGCCAGGGAUACAUUUCGUGAACAGAUGUGCGGUACCCUCGUGGAGUGGCUGAGCGACAUUUCCGGCUGCACCGUCGGACAUGACAACCACAUUUUGAGGCAGACAGUGUGCGAGCAAGUCAUGCGGCCGUGGCAGCAGGGGAGUCCUGCGAUCCACACUCGGGGCUUGAUUGACGAUGAGGAGGAGGACGAACAAGCCGUCGACUUGAGAACCAGGCUGCACGGCGUGAACGCGCGCUUCAUCCUGGCUCUGCAGGCGGCCGCCGGGAACAGGGCUGACCUGGAGGUUGCCUUCGGAGACGACGACGACGAUGACGACGAAGACGACGAAGACGACGACGAAGCUGACGACGACGACGACGAUGACGCCGAUGACGCCGACAUGGACGAGGGCGACGAUGAAAACCGCUCCACCACGAGCUCCACCGCGGGCCGCGACGAAGACGAGGAUGAAGACGUCAUGAUGGUCGAUGCUAGGGGAGACGUGGCCGACCUUGGAAUGAACUGGACUCAACCAGACCAAGCCUUGGAAGAGGACGAAGCGACCAUGGCAGGAUAUCCCCCGCCUCCGCCGCCUCCGCCGGCGCAGGCUCGGGCCGCAGCAAUCCGAGACCGAGACGGCACACCCUCAGACUCGGACACGGCAGAGCCACUCAUCGCGCCGGCAAUCUACGCCAAGGCAAACGUAGAAAUCCCCAAGACGCCUGGCAAGACCGAACAGGUCACCCCAAGGCCCGGCAGAUACUGGAUCGAGACUCCGGCCGUCUAUACGCAGCGCGAGAAUGUGCCCCCGGCAGAAGACGUCUUUCAGCGCGUCCGCCUCGACUGGCUGCUUCUUUUCGACCUGAGGAUGUGGAAAAAGGUCCGAAACGACCUCCGUUCCCUGUACAUCUCCACGGUAGUGCAGAUGCCAGAGUUCAAGCGGGUUCUGGCUCUCCGUUUCGCAAGCCUGUACACCAUCCUAGCCCAGCUGUAUCUCGUCGGUGAUCGAGAGCCAGACCACUCCAUCAUCAACCUGUCUCUUCAGAUGUUGACUACCCCCUCCAUAACGGCCGAGGUUGUCGAGCGAGGCAAUUUCUUGAGUAGCCUGCUGGCCAUUCUCUACACCUUCCUGACGACCCGGCAAGUCGGCCACCCCUGGGAUGUCUCUCCCGACGCCGUCCUGGCGGUCGAGAGCGGGUCGGUUACGAAUCGACGAAUGUACCACUUUUAUCAAGACCUCAAGUAUCUGUUCGGCUCCGUGCACGUCCAGGAACGACUUCAUCAGUGCAUAGGCCCCAACGUGCGGGCUGUAACCGAGCACGUGGAGUACGAGGCCGACUCUUGGAUCACGGCCUCGUUGGUGACGCGGCAAAUCAACCUGCAGGCUCGCAACCUCGCAGAGGCUUUCCGAGACUGCCCGCCCGACGAAGUCCACUACCUGCAGCGAGCCAUUCGAUUCACCGCAAAAACUGUGAUUCUGAACUCCAUCGGAGCCGAACGCCACAGAUUCAAGCAGGCCGAGAUCAAAGACGAGGUCAAGUACAAAAAGCUGAGCGACUUCGAGUUCGAUGACAAUGGAGCCGAGUACUACGUCGUUAAGUUCGUCGUGGAGAAGGACUCCAUCAGCUUUCACCACGCUCUGCACUAUACCCUUUCGUGGCUCAUCGAGUUGAUGGGGCGGCCACAAGUCCUUAGAAGAGACUGCGACCCGGAGGACUACCUUAUGGCGGCCUUUGACUUUCCACUCCGGGUCUGUGCCUGGCUUGCCCAGAUCAAGGCCAACAUGUGGACCGCCAUGGUCGUGUGCAGCCCCAGCCGGGUGCUGGCGUCCAUCAUCGACCGAUUCGGCAUGGAUGGCUGGGUGAAGGGGCUCUUUGAGCUCAAGUCGGAAGCCCAGGAUGAUACCCAGCACCUCGACGUCGUCGAGGACAUGAUUCACCUGCUCAUCGUCCUUCUCAGCGACCGCACCUCUCUCAUUGCGCCCGAGGACCAACCAAACUCGCGGAUUCUUGCCAUGCGCCGGGACAUUACUCACGUUCUGUGCUUCAAGCCUCUGUCCUUCAACGAAAUUUGCAACAAGCUCCCCGAAAAGUACCAGGAACAGGAAGAUUUCCAUCACGUCCUGGAUGAGAUGGCCACUUUCAAGCCGCCCGAGGGCGUCUCAGAUGUGGGCACGUUUGAACUGCGCCAUGAAUUCAUCGAAGACAUUGAUCCGUACAUUGCGCACUAUAACAAGAACCAGCGAGAGGAGUCGGAAAUGGCCUAUCGCAAGAAGAUGGCGAAGAAGACUGGGAAGAUGGUUGAGGAGAUUGUGUAUGAGCCAAAGCACCGGCCUAUUCCGUCGGGCUUGUUCGAGAACCUCGGAGACUUCACCGGCACCGGCAUGUUUGCGCAGAUCGUCUACUACUCUCUCCUGUAUCCGCUCGUGGCCAACAGGUUCACACCGAGCGUGCCGUUUACCAGACUGGAAACCUUUCUGCAGGUGGUCUUGCAUCUUAUUCUCAUCGCGAUCCUCGAGGACAAGACAGACGAGGCCGGAGCAGCCGCAGCCGCGUCGGGCUCGUUUGUUGAAAUCGCACUCACCAAACUGGGUCGAAGCAACUUUAUGCCAACAGCGAGCAACUCGAAGACGAUUGUGUCGCUUCUGAACCUGAUGUCUACCAAGGACGAGUUCAAGUCUGUCCACCCCAAGCUGGCUCUCGUCCUGAAGCGCCUCAAGCAGAAGCGGCCGCAGGCAUUCGAGGCCUCGUUUGCGCACCUGGGAAUUGCUGUCGACCGGAUCAACACGGCGUCUCCCGCAAAUAACUCGGUGGAGGAAGAGCGCGAGCGGAGGAAGAAGGCAGCCUUGAGCCGUCAAGCAAAGGUCAUGGCACAGUUCCAGCAGCAACAGAAGAGCUUCCUGGAGAAUCAAGGCGCCAUUGACUGGGGGUCCGAUCUUGAAGACGAGGAUGACGCACAGCAGACAGAAGACCGCAAGCACAGCUGGAAAUACCCGACUGGGACCUGCAUCCUGUGUCAGGAGGAGGCCGAUGAUCGACGCCUCUACGGCACGUUUGCACUUGUGAACGAAAGCCGCAUACUUCGCCAGACCAACUUCCAGGAUCCUGACCAUGUGCGGGAAGCCUCUCAGACUCCAUGCAGCCUCGACCGGUCGGCGGAGGACAUUCGGCCGUUUGGUAUCGCUCGCGAGAAUCGGAAGAUGGUCGAGAAACUCAAUUUCCAGGGGGAUGUGUUUCUGGCGGAACGACAGACGAUCGGGAAAGGUUACACGGGAAAUCUCGCGAGGCCUGGGCCAGUGGCGAGCGGCUGCGGACACAUGAUGCACUUUCGUUGUUUCGAGGUGUACUACGAGGCGACAAACCGGAGGCAUACGCACCAGAUAGCGCGGCAUCAUCCCGAAGACACGAAGCGCAACGAGUUUGUCUGCCCACUCUGCAAGGCUCUAGGCAAUGCCUUCCUGCCCAUUGUCUGGAAGGGCCUGGAGGAGUCGUACCCUGGCUACCUCCAGCCUCAGGGCUCCUUUUCCGAAUUCCUCGAGAAGCAGAUGGCUUCUGUGUACUGCGUCGGGGGUAGCAAGGCUCGGGAUGUCGAAGGGCCUGGCCUGCCAGAGAUCUACACGCCCAGCAUGCCGGGGAGCCUCGUGGAAAAUCUGAGGAAUCUGCCCAUCUCGGACGGGUCCAUCUGGACUCGAAUUGCUCCCGAGUCACACACAUCGGCUCUAGGAACGCCCGUCAACUCGGCCUUUUCGAUUGGCGGCGCACUGGGAUCCGGUUAUCCUCGAGGUGUCAGCCCUCCCAACAGCGAGAUACUGGGAGAUCUCGUGGCCGCCUAUCGGCGCCUCAGAGACACGGUCCAGGUCAACGGACUGUUGACGAGGCACGUCGACGAUGACAAGGCUGACUACGGAGACGAGCUGCACUCGAGCGACGCGCUUGUGCAGGUGGUGGGUUUCACGAUAUCCUCGGUAGAGCUCCAGCAGCGGGGAGUAGAGGCGCAGCCGGGCAUGACUCUGCUGGACAAGAUUCCCGAACAAGUUCUCAUGCAUCUGCGGGUUCUCUCGGAGACGGCUUCGUCAUACAUGUCGGUCGGGGCCCGCCAGCCUGUCACCGACAACCCGAUCGAGGCUGAGUUCCGCAAAGACUGCGAGCGGCAACACUGCCAGCUCUUCAUGGCGCGGUACUUUCCCUCACAACAGCCCGAGUCGGCCCAGCCCGUGGACAUGUUCCCGGCGAUACUGACCAUGGACCCCUUUGUGUUUCUUGUGGAAUGUGCCUAUGGCCUCGCCGCCGCUCAAAAGGUGGAGAUUUCGCACCUGGUCAGAUUAUGCUACUUGGCGGAGCUGGUCAAGGUCAUCCACCACAUGAACGAAAACAUACCCCUCCAGAUGUGGGUGGAGGGGCUCAAAUACCGAAAGACUCAAGACAUGGCCAUGAACAACUUUGCCGACUUCGCCCUCGUUGUGACCGAGUACGGCUUCAUCGCGCACGAUGCCAGGGACGGCGCCGAUGGGGGAGAGGUGGGAGACCUGGGUUUCCAGCAGCCGGGAGUCGAUACGCUCGAGGGUUGGUACACAUUUGUCAAGAAGUACGCGUUGACGUUCCUGCGAAAGACGCUCGUGUUUCUGUACGUCAAGUACGGUGUGGACUUUAACAGCCGCGUUUCGCCCACCCCGGACGCAGACGAGCUGGACCGCCUAACUGAGGCCCUUCGCGUGCCGAGCUUCGACGAAAUGUGCGCGUCGCUGACGAGCAACUCGGCUGCCUGCGGCUGGCCGGACACGACGCGCCCUCUCGUUGCUGGAUGGGUCCAGCACCAAGCGCUCUGGGCCGAGAGAUCGGGGGAUAUGUCGCCAACGGCCCUCGUCAGCCACCCGGGCAUCUUUGAGCUCAUCGGGUUGCCGAAGACGUACGACACCCUGAUUGAGGAGGCGACGAGACGGCGAUGUCCGACGACGGGCAAGGACCUGACGGACCCGGUGAUUUGUCUCUUCUGCGGCGAGGUGUUUUGCAGCCAAAGCACGUGUUGCCAGAAGCCUGAUCUUGUGAGCGGCGAGGCGAACAGGAUCGGCGGAGCGCAGCAGCACAUGCGCAGAUGCCAGCGGAACAUUGGCGUUUUCCUCAACAUCCGCAAGUGCUCUACCGUCUAUCUGUUUCGGCAGUCGGGGUCGUUUACGGCGGCGCCAUACAUUGACAAGUACGGCGAGACCGACCCUCAGCUGCGGCACGGGCGGCAGCUGUUCCUCAACCAGAAGAGAUACGACUCCAUGGUGCGAAACACGGUGUUGAAUCACGGGGUGCCGAGCCUGAUAAGCCGCAAGCUCGAGGCGGAGAUUAACAACGGUGGAUGGGACACGCUAUGA